CUCUGCGAUGCAGAUUUUCUCCUCUCUUUUUGAACUGCUUUUGAUUCUCUCUUAUCUCUCGCCCCUCCUCUCAGACGUCUCUCUUUAGGGUUCUUCGAUGAUCUGACAUAGAAAGAGGAAUAAGGAAUCAACAUCAUCUUCAAAACACUUGAUAUAUGACUGGGAAGGGGAUAUGGCCGCUGGUAUGGAUCUUUCACCUCCGUUUACUGUAUUAGAAGGUGGUUAUAGUAAGGACAAUGUACCAUCUAUGGAAAAUCCGAACUCGGAGAAUUUAGAUAAUCUGAAACAAACUGCAAAUGGGAAACCUCCACGGAACCUCUCGGUUAUGCGGCAUAGUAUGAGUUCUAUGAGGAUGCUGGAUGACGCUGGUCUGGCAAUGGAUGUUGGGCUUGAUGUCAACAAGUCGCCUUCAGAUGAAAAAUCAAAUUUUCUACCAGUGUUCCGAUCAGGGAGCUGUGCUGAAGGAGGGCCUAAACAGUAUAUGGAGGAUGAACAUGUCUGUAUAGAUAAUCUUAUUGAACAUCUAGGUGAAACGUCCAAUUUCCCCUCUCCUGGAGCCUUCUAUGGGGUAUUUGAUGGGCAUGGAGGUACUGAUGCAGCAUCUUUUGUUAGAAAUAAUAUUCUCAGGUUCAUAAUUGAGGACCCUCAUUUUCCAAUUUGCAUGGAGAAGGCAAUUAGGAGUGCUUUUGUGAAAGCUGAUUAUGCAUUUGCAGAUGAUAGCGAACUUGAUAUCUCCUCUGGCACCACUGCACUAACUGCCCUUAUCUUUGGAAGGACCUUGAUAAUUGCCAAUGCUGGAGAUUGUCGAGCAGUAUUGGGGAGGCGAGGUAGAGCAAUUGAGAUGUCCAAAGACCACAAACCAAAUUGCACAUCUGAAAGAUUGAGAAUUGAGAAACUUGGUGGAGUCAUAUAUGAUGGCUACCUUAAUGGCCAAUUAUCUGUUGCACGUGCCCUGGGAGACUGGCACAUGAAGGGGCCCAAGGGUUCUGCAUGCCCUUUAAGUGCAGAGCCAGAAUUGCAGGAUACAAAUCUAACUGAGGAGGAUGAGUUUUUGAUCCUGGGUUGUGAUGGCCUGUGGGAUGUAAUGAGCAGCCAGUGUGCAGUGACAAUUGCAAGGAAGGAACUAAUGCUACAUAACGAUGCUGAAAGAUGCUCAAGAGAGUUGGUCAGGGAGGCUCUAAAGCGCAGCACAUGUGAUAACGUAACAGUGAUAGUGGUUUGUUUCUCGCCAGACCCACCCCCUCGGAUGGAGAUCCCACAAUUUCGAGUUCGAAGAAGCAUAUCAGCUGAGGGUCUCAAUUUGCUCAAGGGUGUACUGGACUGCAACUCAUGAAAGGAUGGGAUGAUUUAGAGAGGUUUGUACAAAUGCUUUUCAGGGACAAUUUUUUUUUUUUCUCCUAGGCUGCUCCAAGUGUCCUCGUAUGAAUGGCUGAUGUUCAGGAAAUAAACAUCGCAUAGAAUGUGAUUCUUUUGAGUUUCAAAAUCCUGUGCAUCUGAGAUCAUUUAUGUUGUACCAUUUCAUUGAGUUCAUUGUUCAACUGUCUAGUUGCAUGGACAAAUCUCUUAUUUUUCAUUUAUCCUUUGUACAUAUAUUUGAAAAAAGAAAACUGAGGGGUAUGCUCUUCCAUUGCC